AUGGCAACAUGAUCUAAUUUUAAUCUUCAAAAUGGAGCAUCUCCACUUAUAGAACAAAUUAUUUUUUUCCAUGAUCAUACUUUAAUUAUUAUUCUUAUAAUUACUAUUUUAGUAGGUUAUAUUUUAACUAAUUUAUUUUUUAAUAAAUAUAUUAAUCGAUAUUUAUUAGAAGGACAAAUAAUUGAAUUAAUUUGAACUAUUUUACCAGCUAUUACAUUAAUUUUUAUUGCUUUACCUUCUCUUCGUCUUUUAUACCUUUUAGAUGAACUUAAUAAUCCAUUAAUUACAUUAAAAUCAAUUGGUCAUCAAUGAUAUUGAAGUUAUGAAUAUUCAGAUUUUCAUAAUAUCGAAUUUGAUUCUUACAUAAUCCCAUCUAAUGAAUUAUCUAAUAAUAAUUUUCGAUUAUUAGAUGUAGAUAAUCGAAUUAUUCUACCUAUAAAUAAUCAAAUUCGAAUUAUAGUUACUGCUACAGAUGUUAUUCAUUCUUGAACAAUUCCCUCAUUAGGAGUAAAAGUUGAUGCUAACCCGGGUCGAUUAAACCAAACUAAUUUUUUUAUCAAUCGACCAGGACUUUACUAUGGUCAAUGCUCAGAAAUUUGCGGAGCUAAUCAUAGUUUUAUACCUAUUGUAAUUGAAAGAAUUUCAAUUAAAAAUUUUAUUAAUUGAAUUAAUAAUUAUUCAU